AUGUGCUCCCCCGCUGCAGCGCCGGCCCCCCCAGCAGCAGCAGCAGCAGCAGCAGCAGCAGCAGCAGGGGAGGAGAGCGAGUGCGAGCGGCUGUGGCGGUGUUUGCUGUCUCCUUUUCUCGCAAGUGCUGCUGCUAGGCCCCGCCUUUUUGCUGCUGGCUGCCUCUUUGCUGCAGGAGACACUCUUUUUAAAGUUAAUGUUUCUCUUCCUGUUUGGCCAGCAGCAGGAGCAGCAAGAAUCGGACCCUCCACCAACAUCCACAUCGACCGCCCGCUGGACCUGACGGUGAUGGACGCAGUGAGUUUGCUGCUGCCGGAAGAAGCGGCAGCAGUUCGGGAAAGUCCUGCUUUGCUGCAGCCGCAGCUGCUGCGGCAAGCUUUUAAAAAACUGCCAAGCGACGCGCAGCUGCUGCUGCAGCAAAUAGGGGCCCUCUACGCCCCGCCCCGGGGGCCCCUGCACCAAGUGCAGGGCCCACCCCCACAAGGCAGCAGCAGCAACGACAGCGGCAGCAGCAGCAGCAGCAGCAGCAGCAGCAGAGAAGGCACCCACAAGGCGCCGCAGCUCACUAAAAACGAGGGGCCCCUCCAGCAAGAAGCAGCAGCUCUUUCGAGGGCCCCUUUGAGGGCCCACACGCGGAGGCUGCCCCCCCUAAAGCCGGCCCCAGCAGCAGCAGCAGCAGUAGCAACAGCAACAGCAGCAGCAGCAGCAGAGGGAGGACUCCCUGCAGAGAGCGCGCCCUCAAAGGGGCCCCCAGGGGGGCCCCCUAGGCUGCUGCUGCCGGCGCCGCCCACAGCAGGUUUGGGGCCCCCAGUAAAAGCAGCAGCACCUGCUGCUGCUGCUGCUGCACCCGAACCGCCCUUCCCGUGGGGCCAGGGCCCCAGAGAGGGGGCCCCCCAGGUGACCCCACAAGGGGAGGGCCCCUGGGCUGAAGUAUUGGGGGCCCUCAGGAGCAGCAGUGGGUCUUCUUUGGGUACCCCUUCUUCUUUUCGUUUGGACAGUUCAGAAGAGGGGGGCCCCCCGUACAGGGGGGCCCCCCUGUCCGCAGAAAACCCCCUUCCAAGGGGGGGCCCCCACUCCGCGGGGGGCCCCCCGUUGCUCCCAGGGGCCCUCUCCACAGGGGGCCCCCUCUCCGCAGGGCGGCUCCUCUCCACAGGGGGGCCCCCCUCCACGGGGGGGCCCCCCCCCACAGGGGUGAGCCCCUCCACAGGGGGGCCCCCCUCAACGGGGGGCCCCUCCUCUGAGGGCCCCUCGACUGCGUCUUCGGGCAGCCGCCUCGGCUGGAGGCGCCCGCAGUGCGGGGGGGACCCCCAUAUGGGGUCCUUUGUGGGGGCCCCCGUUGCUGCAGGGGGUGCCCCCAGGAGGGCCCCCCGGGGGCCCCCUGGGGGAGCCCCUGGGGGGCCCCUCCUGGCGCCAGAGGCCCCCAGCCCCCCUUUGCUGCCCCCCACAUUCGACAGGGGCCCCCAGCUAGUCCGCGGGGGCCCCUUCGGAGGCCAAACAGGUAGAUGGGACCAAAGUCCUGCUUUUGCCGACAGUCCCCGCUGGGGGGGUCCCUCGGGGGGCCCCUUCUCUCCAGCAUAUAGGGCGCAGAGGGGCCCCCUGGCCUCUUCUCCCGCUUUCACUGCAGCAGCAGCAGCAGCAGCAACAGCAGACCCGCAGCGCGAUGACAUGCUGCCAGAGCCGCUAGGGGGGCCUCCUCUCGGCCCUUUUCCGCACUCAGGGGCCCCCAUGGGGGCCCCCACGGGGGCCCCGAUGGGGCCCUCCUCCUUGCCUUUGUCUUUAGGCGGGGGCUCUUUUUCUUUGCCCCAUUCUGCCCGUUCUUUUCCAUUUCGAACAGUUCGUCUCUUUAGGGGCCCCGCGGGGCCCCACGGAGGGGCCCCCGGGGGGCCCCCCAGGGGCCCCCUCGGUGGGGGGGCCCCCAAGCGGCCCCUCCCCAGGCCGUACGCAGCGGUUUCCGACGGGGGCCCCCUCCCCAGUGAGCUGCCGGGGGGGCGGGGGGCCCUACCUUUUGAGUUAAGUGAGGGGCCCCUUGAAAGCAGGAGGGACCUCCUGAGGGCCCUUCUUCAGCGGCCCCCCUCGGGGGCCCCCUCGGACUCCGCAAGAGACUCAACCCACCGCAGCAGCUGCAGCUUAGCCGCAGCAUUCUUAUAA